AUGGAAGCUGAGAAAGGAGACGUACCGUCCAUACAUAAGAAGGAAGAAGAGGAUCUAUCCCCGUUUGAGCUUCUCCCUCGUGAACUGAAAGAAAAAAUUCUGGAGAGAGUGAUAGAUGAGACGGCGGAUCUCUAUGAGUUCCAGAAUUUUUGGAGUUUGAAACGCGUGAACAAGGAGUUCAACUCGAUCUUAAAUAGCAACUAUGCUAAACGUCAUUUUGUCAAAUACCCUUGCUGGAUCAAGAUAAGGGAUUACAACGAUAGUGUUGAUGAAAAAGAAAAAAAGUCAGGUCGAGCAAGAGCUUUGAUAGAGAUCAAUUACCCGAUCAUUCGAGAAGAUAUUUCAUAUGAUCAAAUGUUCGAUUUACACGAUGUUAUGAGUCUAAGUGUGUUCGAGGACUCAUUUCACGAAAUCUUUUGGGAUAGCAUUCCAACAUUCUUCAGAGAUAAACCGUUUCGCAUAGAUUUAGUGUUCGUUGAACCUCUGUCCUCACCUGAUCACCUCAUAUCUACAGUCUUAGAGUUAGUAAAUCAAUCUUCCGAAAAACUUUACGUGCUCUUGUCCCCAAGUUGUUGUGACGACUAUGAUGUCGAUUACCUUAUUGAAAUUUACGAUUUGGACGAAGAUUCCGAUUUCGAUCGUGAUAAAUUGAUAUUAGAUGUAGGAGAACCUGAUCCAGACCUUCUUGAGGCUCAGCAUAACUCCUUCAGGAAGAUAGUGACAGAACUGUUACAUCUUCAAAAAGCUGGAAAAAUCAAAAUUCUGACUGAUAAACAUUUUUUUGAUUUGAUCGAAUGGAUCCAGAUGUUUAGUAAUUAA